AAUGGCAAUGGAAGAGAAUCACUAAACGACGCCGUUCAUUUCUUUUACAAGACGCAAGGCUUUCAACCUAUCUUCACCCAACUUCAGUCCGGUCAAACCAGCGUCGUGACCAGGGGAAAUGGAACGAAGGACAGAUAAAGACUUUCAAAUUUCAAUACAAGUACAACAAAACAAACCAAAGUCUGACACUUUUAAACUAGAUUAUCUCUUUCAGCAUCUAACUUGCUCGAUCGGGACAUUACAUCCAAGAGUGAUCCCAUGGUUGUAGUAUUUGCAAAGAAAAGAGAUGGUAAAUUAGAAGAAUUAGGUCGCACUGAAAUCAUAAUGAAUUGUCUGAAUCCAGAGUGGAUAGAGAAAAUUAGUGUUGCAUUUCAGUUCGAAAUUGUGCAACCACUCGAAUUUCAUGUUUAUGACAUUGAUACAAAAUAUCAUAGCAUUCCCACCAAGACAUUAAAACUGGGAGAUCAGGAAUUCCUUGGAAUGGCCAGUUGCAAUUUAUCAGAGGUAGUGACUAAAGCAAGUAGUAGAUUGACAUUAAGGCUCCAAAACAAAAGCGGUCUUGGUGGUUCAAGAAACCUAGGGACAAUUACUGUUCAUGCUGAGGAGACUGUUGCUUCAAGGAGUGCAGUUGAGAUGAUCUUGCGUUGUUCUCACUUGGAUAACAAGGACGUUUUUUCAAAAAGUGACCCUUUUCUAAGAAUAUCAAGAAUGGUUGAGAGUGGAGGUUAUAUUCCUAUAUGCAAGACCGAAGUUAUCAACGACAAUUUAAAUCCAAAAUGGAAACCAGUUUGUCUUAGUGCCCAGAAGUUUGCAAGCAAAGAUAAUCCAUUAGUGAUUGAGUGUUUUGAUUUCAAUAGCAGUGGCGAUCAUGUACUUAUCGGUAAAAUGAAGAAGUCAGUAGCAGAUCUUGAAAAGCUAUACAAAGAGAAAAUAGGCGCAAAUUUUGUCAUAGCGUCCACAAGCCACAGACAAGAGAAGAUUCUGAAGGGUCAAUUGUUUGUGGACCAAUAUUGCGAAAAGGAACAGUUUAGUUUUAUUGAUUACAUAUCUAGUGGUUUUGAACUGAACUUCAUGGUUGCUGUAGAUUUCACUGCUUCAAAUGGAAAUCCUCAACAUUCAGAUUCUUUGCAUUACAUUGAUGCAUAUGGUCGGUUAAACUCGUACCAAAAGGCUAUAAUGGAGGUUGGAGAAGUCAUUCAGUUUUAUGAUUCUGAUAGGAGGUUUCCUGCUUGGGGCUUUGGAGGAAAGAUACCUGGUGGCAAUGUAUCCCACUGCUUUAAUCUAAAUGGGAGUCCCGGUGGCUCUGAGGUUGUAGGAGUUGAAGGCAUAAUGGAGGCUUAUGCCAGUGCUUUACGCAGUGUUACUCUGUCUGGACCCACUUUAUUUGGCCCAGUUAUCAACAUGGCCGCACAAAUGGCUGUCCAGUCCCUCACGUCACAUAGCAACACAAAGUAUUAUGUAUUGCUUAUCAUAACGGAUGGAGUUGUUACGGAUCUUCAAGAAACAAUAAAUGCUCUGGUUAAAACAUCUGACCUUCCCCUGUCGAUUCUUAUUGUUGGAGUUGGAAGUGCUGAUUUCACUAGCAUGGAGGUGCUGGAUGCUGAUAAUGGGCAUCGGUUAGAGAGUUCUACUGGUCGUGUAGCUACACGAGACAUGGUGCAAUUUGUCCCUAUGAGAGAAGUAGAGAGUGGGCAGAUAUCUGUCGUGCAAGCUCUUUUGGAAGAACUACCUGAACAAUUCUUGUCUUUUAUGCGAAGCAGGGACAUCAAGCCUCUGCCUUCCAAUUUCCCUCAAGCGUCCACUUCCACUAUGCAAUAGAUAUUGCCAUAAGAGAAGCUUUUUUCUUUUCAUAGUUGGUCCACAAAACCCGUUUAUUUUCGAUAACUCGUACACAUAAGGGAGAAGGACGAGUGAAGAUGUUAUUUGCUCCGAAGCAGGCAAUCAAAGGCCAAAAAUUCUAUUAGGCUAUUACCUAAAAUGUUUGCAUCUUUUUAAUUUUUUUUUUUAUUGAAAUGAAUUGUAAAUAGAAGGAUGAAGAAUCUCGUACAUAUAUCAGUGAAUAAAGGGUAAAAUGGUUUACUUGGGGAUCAAUAUUUCA